UUACCUCUAAAACGUGGAGAAUACUUGAAUUGUAAUCUCCAAAACGUAAGCCAAAUCUUCAAGAACGUGAAACAUGUCCGAACACCAGAAAAUCCAUCCAGUCAGCGAUCCGGAAGCUCCACCAACUCCGACGCAUCCAACGGCUCCUCUUGUCUCACGUGGCUCCUCAAGAUCGGAACACGGUGACACAACCAAAGAAUCUGUGACGCAACCACCACAGUUUGAUUCUCCUCAAAGGAAGAAGAGAGGAAGGAGAAGCUGUUGGUGUAGGUGUGUAUGUUACACGCUCCUCGUCUUCUUUCUCCUUAUUGUCGUCGUCGGAGCGGCCGUUGGUAUACUCUACCUUGUCUUUAGACCCAAGUUACCGGAUUACAAUAUCGACCGGUUACAGCUCACCCGGUCUACACUCAAUAACCAAGAUUCGAGUUUGUCCACCGCGUUUAACGUCACCAUUACGGCCAAAAAUCCUAACGAGAAGAUAGGAAUUUACUAUGAAGGUGGAAGCAAAAUUAGCGUCUUCUACAUGCAAACCAGACUUAGCAAUGGGUCGUUGCCGAAAUUUUACCAAGGACAUGAGAAUACGACCAUUAUAUUCGUGGAAAUGACUGGUUAUACUCAGAAUGCAACCAGUUUAAUGGCGACAUUGUUAGAGCAGCAACAGUUAACUGGAAGCAUACCGUUGCGGAUUAGAGUUACCCAACCAGUUCGGAUCAAGCUUGGGAAAUUAAAGUUGCCGGAAGUAAAAUUCUUUGUGAGGUGCAGUGUAUUCGUUGAUAACUUGGCUGCUAACAGUGUCAUUAGGGUUAGGAAUAGUAACUGCAAAUUCAGGUUUAGACUAUAAUUUCAUUUUUUAAAGUUCAAAAUUAUUUUUAAUAUAUAAAAUAUAUUAAUACAGAAUUUGCGUUAAUAAUAAAGGGGUCAGAGUACUCAGACCAUCAUUAUUGGUGGGCAGAGAUGCAGGCCUUAAGGGAAAGGGGGAGGAGACCGAUGC